CAAUUAGUGUGGAGGUGUGGCUCUGCAGCUCCGGACCUAACGUCCCGGAACACAAGGUAACUUGUCACAUCCUGUUUCUCCUCCUGGACCUGCAGAAAGCCGUCCGGACCGUCAGUCCUGACCCGGCCGGAGCCCAUGGCUCUGCAGCAGGAAGGGGUCCUGAUGGUUCAGGUCUCCAUCCCGUCCACGGAGGACAGGGAAGUCAGGGACUGUGGUAAACCUAAGAAGUUUUUCAGAGUUGAAGUCCUGUUCAAUGAGAGGAAACAUUAUGUUCUCCGGAGAGCCAGUGAGUUCCAAACACUGCACAGAAAG